AUGUCUGGUAUCGUGGAUGCUGAGUCAUUGGCAGUUGAGGGGGCCCUUGAUGAGUCCAGUCUGGUGGAUGUGAGUUUCAAAUCCGAUGACCAGGUCUCUCUUGAGUUGGGCUUGUGUCAGGCUAUUGAAGUAGGGAGCCCCAAACGGAACAAAGCUAAACCAAGUCAGCCAAAGAAACCUUUUUCUAAAGGAUCAGCCCAAGGCAAUCCGGAUCCCGUUUCUGAUUUAGGGAUUUCUUUAGAUAAUGCAUGGAUUGUUUCAAGCGUUGAUCUGCAAAUCAAUAAACCUCAGAAGCUAUCGAAGCAGGAAAACGGAAAAUGGAAAAGAACAUCGCCUGUUCCAAUUAGGGAGGAGAACUGGGAUAUUCUAGAGAUCACGGUUGGGGAAAAUAGGAAAGAAUUAGCUUCAGAUGAUUCUAAUCCAGGGAAGAAGGUUCCUGUUUCAAAGAAGAUUUCUUCCCAGCAUGUUUAUGAGGAGCAAACGGGUGGUUGGAGUGAGCUGCCACCACUGGCCGGGUUCUCCGAUAGGUUGCCGAUGUUUUGCCACCGUGCCGCACUGGGCUUGAACCUGGUGGUGAUUGGAGGGUGGAAUCCGGUGACUUGGGAGGUUUCAAAUGCUGUGUUCAUUUACAAUUUUCUUUCCGCCAAGUGGCAUCGUGGGACCGAUAUGCCAGGUGGUCAAAGAUCGUUUUAUGCUUGUGCGUCUAAUUCUGAUCGAACGGUGUUCAUUGCUGGUGGACAUGACUAUAAUAAGAAUGCAUUGAGAUUUGUAAUGAUGUAUGACGUGACAAUAGAUGAGUGGGUCCAACUACCUGAUAUGGCAAGGGAGCGAGAUGAGUAG